AGUUAACACUUUAAAUCAUCACACUCCCCAAUGUUUGGUUAUGUUUUUCUCCUCCGAAAAUGGUGAAAAUAAUAUUUAUAUGUUUAACUGAUUGAAUGGAGUAUAUUCUUAAGAGCUUUUACAACUAUACGUUAAUGAUUACAGGAUAAGAAGCUUGCGCAGUAACUAUGACGAUUACAAAACCUACGGAAGUGAUACUAACAAAGCGAAGAUGCGCCAAAUGCGAGGCGUUGGCGGCCGUUUUGGACACGCCACCUUGGUUGCUAGGGGGUGUGGUUAAUAAAGGCCCAAGGUCACACGAAAGUUGGUGCCAAAGAAGAGCUCGGUAUGAGGCCUAUAACUAUGAAUCGAAGAUGUCGGACAAGAAGUUUAUCGAUGAGAUGGUGAAAGCCCACAACGAAUACAGAUCCAGACAUCAGGCAAAAGAUCUCAAACAUGCGAAGGACCUGACGGAGUUUGCUCAGAAGUGGGCCGACCACCUCGUGGCUACCAACAGUUUUGAGCACAGCAAUUGUGAUUUGAAAGGCGACAGGCUUGGAGAAAACAUUGCCAUGAAGUGGUCGUCAAGGCCCGAUGCUUAUUCUGGUCAAGACGCGACAGACCAAUGGUACAGCGAGGUCAAGCAGCACACAUUUGGGGGUGAACCUCGCACCCUAUCCUCGGGACAUUUUACUCAGGUUGUUUGGAAAGGCAGCAAAGAAAUGGGUGUCGGCAAGGCCCAGUCAAAGGAUGGAAAGACCAUCGUUGUUGCAAGCUACAGACCUGCAGGAAACAUGGGGGGAAAAUUUGCUGAAAAUGUUCUUCCCCCGAAGGACGGGAAAAUUAUACUGCCUGUGCAAAAAGACACCAGCAGCAGUGGCGGACCGUUUGCAAGCAGAUUCGGCGAUGGAGGUGCCUCUGGAGGUACCGAGCGAAAAACCACCAAGACAAUCACCCGAACGGAAGGUGGAGUGAAAAAGACAAUCGUAGAGGAAACCAUAAUCAAAGCUGACGGAUCCAAGGUCACGACGACACGGGAGACAACUUCCACUGAUGGCGGUGACGCUGGACGUUUCAAGGGUGACGAUGACUUCGAGAAACUUGCCCUCUCGGAUGACAAGUUAAAGAGUAACGGUUCAAAAAGCAAGAGCAAGAAGCGAGACUCGAGUUCCUCUUCUUCAUCAUCUUCUGACGACGAGAAAAAGAAAUCAAAGGACAAAAAGAAAGAUAAGGCUGAUAAACCACAGAAAAUCAAAGACUUUAUUGAUGAGGCUGUGAAGGUUCAUAAUGAACUAAGAUCUAAACACGGUGCUAGCAAGCUGAAGCAUGCCAAGGAUUUGUCAGAAUUUGCACAGAAGUGGGCGGAGAACCUUGCAGCAAAGAACGCCUUCCAACACAGUGAUUGCAUGCUGGGUGGCGAGAGGAUAGGAGAAAACAUUUGUUGCAAAUGGUCAUCCACGGGGGCUGACUACACCGGACGCGAGGCCUGUGAGCAAUGGUACAGCGAAAUUUCCAAACAUGACUUUUCAACUGAGCCAAGGAGUCUAGGUUCAGGUCACUUCACCCAGAUGGUAUGGAAAGGAUCGCGUGAGAUGGGUAUCGGCAAGGCCAAGACGUCAAAUGGCAAGGUCAUUGUCGUGGCCAACUACAGACCUGCUGGCAAUAUUGUUGGACACUUUGUGGAAAAUGUUGCCCCAUUGAAGAAAUAAGUGUGGUCAUUGACAAAGCCAUUACACAAGAAGUAUUGCUAUGGCCAAAUAUCGUCCUACUGAGAAAAUUAAGGGAAAUUUUGCGCAACGAAAGAAAUGGUUUAGUUUACAUAUUUUUGAUUAUAUUACUGAAACUUCGAUCCAGUUAAACACAUAUAGAUGUGUAGCACCAAUGACAGAAUGUAGGCUAUAUAAAAGUGCUAUUUUUCGUACAUAUUGCUUUGGUUUUCGUCACCAGAUAUUUAUUAUAUAAAUAGUGUUGUCUUAUUUGCGAGUAAUGAACAAACGCUUUCUUUUUCUUACUGCAUAUCAUGUGGCUUUGAAAUAGUGUUAGGAAAUAUUUAGAAGUAAUAGCGUUAUUAUAAUACUUAUGCAUUUAUUUCUAUAUAACUGAUCUAUGUGUACAUUCCAACAACUGAGGCUUGCACAUGCCCUUGAAACAACCUCAAUACAUGACGUAAUGUUGUGGGUUUUACUUUGAAUUUUGGUUGUACAUUAAUCUUAUAUUGCGCUAUAAAAAUUUACCCUUCUAAAUUAUCCUACAACUGGAUAAAACAUGUUUUUAAAGUAGUUUAAUGUGAUUUUAUGUUGAACUUAUUUAUCAAUUCAUUCCAAUAUAUAUAUUUUUUCUGAUAUUAUUUUUAAAAUAUGCCAUGUAAUAUUGUGUUUUAACAUUCCAUUUUAACUUGUAUCUUUACAUUUCAUUUUAACUAUUUCGUUCAUAUCCGGAUAUUAACCUUCUAUAAGAACUAAUACUGUUGUAAAAACAUCUGUGUUCGUCCAUUAUAUUUGAUAAUAAACACAUAACUGAUA